AUCCACUUCUUCCAAGCCCGGCUUCGCAGACCUCUGGCCCCCGGCGGGUUCCCAGUUCCCCGGCUUCUUCCGAGGGGACAGCGGAGGCGAGGCCACCGGGCUGUCAGGCUGAAGCUCCGUGGCAGCCGGGUCCCGCACGCAGAGAAGACCCCAGCGCGGGCGCGGCUCAGGGCUGGGCCAGCGGGACUCCGGACGCGCCGCGAAGGCGUUGCGCUCCCCGAGGCGUCCGCUGCUGCUGGCUGCUCAUUUGCCGGUGACCGGAGGCUCGCGGCCAGCAUGGCCCCCACGCUGCAACAGGCAUACCGGAGGCGCUGGUGGAUGGCCUGUACGGCUGUGCUGGAGAACCUCUUCUUCUCUGCUGUACUCCUGGGCUGGGGCUCUCUGCUGAUCAUGCUGAAGAACGAGGGCUUCUAUUCCAGCAUGUGCCCAGCUGAGAACAGAACCAACAGCACCCAGGAUGAGCAGCGCAGGUGGCCGGGCUGUGACCGGCAGGACGAGAUGCUCAACCUGGGCUUCACCAUCGGUUCCUUUGUGCUCAGCGCCACCACCCUGCCACUGGGGAUCCUCAUGGACCGCUUUGGCCCCCGACCCGUGCGGCUGGUUGGCAGCGCCUGCUUCGCUGCGUCCUGCACCCUCAUGGCCCUGGCCUCCCGGGACGUGGAAGUUCUGUCUCCAUUGAUAUUCCUGGCGCUGUCCCUGAAUGGCUUUGGUGGCAUCUGCCUAACGUUCACUUCACUCACGUUGCCCAACAUGUUUGGGAACCUGCGCUCCACAUUAAUGGCCCUCAUGAUUGGCUCUUAUGCUUCUUCUGCCAUCACAUUCCCAGGAAUCAAGCUGAUCUACGAUGCCGGUGUGGCCUUCGUGGUCAUCAUGUUCACCUGGUCUGGCCUGGCCUGCCUUAUCUUUCUGAACUGCGCCCUCAACUGGCCCGUCGAAGCCUUUCCUGCCCCUGAGGAAGUCAAUUACACGAAGAAGAUCAAGCUGAGUGGGCUGGCCCUGGACCACAAGGUGACAGGUGACCGCUUCUACACCCAUGUGACCACCGUGGGCCAGAGGCUGAGCCAGAAGGCCCCCAGCCUGGAGGACGGGUCGGAUGCCUUCAUGUCAUCCCAGGAUGUUCGGGGCAUCUCAGAAAACCCUCCUGAGAGGUCUGUCCCCUUCCGCAAGAGCCUCUGCUCCCCCAUUUUCCUGUGGAGCCUCCUCACCAUGGGCAUGACCCAGCUGCGGAUCAUCUUCUACAUGGCUGCCAUGAACAAGAUGCUGGAGUACCUUGUGACUGGAGGCCAGGAGCAUGAGAUGAAUGAACAGCAGCAACAAAAGGUGGCAGAGACAGUUGGGUUCUACUCCUCCAUCUUCGGGGCCAUGCAGCUGUUGUGCCUUCUCACCUGCCCCCUCAUUGGCUACAUCAUGGAUUGGCGGAUCAAGGACUGCGUGGACGCCCCAACUCAGCGCACUGUCUUCGGAGAUGCCAGGGACGGGGUUGCUACCAAAUCCAUCAGACCGCGCUACUGCAAGAUCCAAAAGCUCACCAAUGCCAUCAACGCCUUCACCCUGACCAACCUGCUGCUUGUGGGUUUUGGCGUCACCUGCCUCAUCAACAACUUACACCUCCAGUUUGUGACCUUUGUUCUGCACACCAUUGUUCGCGGUUUCUUCCACUCGGCCUGUGGGAGUCUCUAUGCUGCAGUGUUCCCAUCCAACCACUUUGGGACGCUGACAGGCCUGCAGUCCCUCAUCAGUGCUGUGUUCGCCUUGCUUCAGCAGCCACUUUUCAUGGCGAUGGUGGGACCCCUGAAAGGAGAGCCCUUCUGGGUGAAUCUGGGCCUCCUGCUAUUCUCACUCCUGGGAUUCCUGUUGCCUUCCUACCUCUUCUACUACCGUGCCCGGCUCCAGAAGGAGUACACUGCCAAUGGCAUGGGCCCACUGAAGGUGCUUAGUGGCUCUGAGGUGACUGCAUAGACUUCUGAGACCAAGGGACCUGCAUGACAGGCAAUCAAGGCCUGAGCAACCAAAAGGAGUGCCCCAUAUGGCUUUUCUACCUGUAACAUGCACACAGAGCCAUGGCCGUGGAUUUAUAAAUACCAAGAGAAGUUCUAUUUUUGUAAAGACUGCAAAAAGGAAACAAACAAACAAAACCUGCAAAAAGGUCCCCCAAAGCAACGCUCCAUUGACUGAAGACAGUCCCUGUCCUAGAGGGGUCGAGCCUUCUUCCUCCUUGGGUUGGAGGAGACCAGGAUGUGGAGCUGCCUCUUAUCUCUUUCUAGGGGUCUGCUUCCUGGUGCCUCUUGGGGGGAUCCGUAAACAGGCUAUCACUAAGGUCCCAUGCGCCAUGAGUCUGCACACAUGCAUGUGUCUGUGUGUGUGCGAAUGUGAGAGAGACACAGCCCUCCUUUCAGAAGGAAAGGGGGCCUGAGGUGCCGACUGUGUCCUGGGUUGGGGGUUGGAGGUCAGCCCCUUCCAGGGGUAGGAGGGCGGGUUCCCUCUCUGGUGCUGCUUCUUGCAAGUCUUAGAGGAAAUAAAAAGGGAAGUGAGAGACUG